AUGCUCGAAAAAUUGGAGAAUCGAGUACAGGCUGGUAAAUUAUUGGCCGAAGAAGUAGCGAAAAAAUAUAAUAAUGACAAGAAUGAUGUUAUUAUUUUAGCUUUACCAAGAGGUGGAGUUCCUGUUGCCUAUCAAAUUUCACAACGCAUUAAAGCCCCGUUGGAUGUCUUCUUGGUCAGAAAAAUUGGUGUCGAAGGGUCUUCAAUGCAUAAAUGUGAAAUUGAAAUGGAAUUAGCCAUGGGUGCCAUUACUGAAACAUCCAGUAUCUUCAACGAAGAUAUUAUUGAUAUGCUUCACAUCAAACAAGAAUCAAUUAAUCGUGUGAUGAAACGGGAGAAUGCCGAGCUGCAACGUCGCAAUGAAAAGUAUAGAAAAGGAAAACCAGCCCCCAACGUUACCGAAAAGACCAUAAUUAUUGUUGAUG